AAUACUAAUGAUUGAGUAUUGCAUCAUGUAAAUCCUGACCCUAGCGACGAAUAGAGGAAUUAAUCGUAUUUGUAAGCCACGUGUUUUGUUGAUCGAAGUUGUUUUUCUUUUAUACUGAAUUGAUCAGUGAUGACAGCAGUUGAGAGGAAAGGAACUUUUAAAGUUAGAGCUUUACAGGAUAUUGAGAGAAGAGUACAACUAAAAUGGGAUGAAGCACAUAUUUUUGAGGAAGAUGCUCCUCAUCCUCAUUCUAAUCCAAUGCCAGAAAGUUAUUUUGUUACUUUUCCCUAUCCAUAUAUGAAUGGAAGACUUCAUCUUGGACAUACUUUUUCUCUGUCAAAGUGUGAGUUUAUUGUUGGCUUCCAGCGAUUAAAGGGGAAAAAAUGCUUAUUUCCAUUUGGUUUUCAUUGUACUGGGAUGCCCAUCAAAGCCUGUGCAGACAAAUUGAAAUGGGAAAUGGAGGAAUAUGGCUACCCACCUAAAUUUCCUGAUAACGAAGAUAAUGAAGAGCAACCAAAAUUAGAUGAUAUAUCUCUUAAUAAAUCAAAAGGAAAAAAGAGUAAAGCAGUAGCUAAAGUAGGUGCGGCACGCUAUCAGUGGCAAAUUAUGGCAUCGUUAGGUCUGAAAAAUGAAGAUAUUAAGAAAUUUGCCGAUGCCGAUUAUUGGCUCCGUUAUUUCCCUCCGUUAGCAAUUCAGGAUUUAAAAUCAAUGGGAUUGAAAGUCGAUUGGAGAAGAUCUUUUCUUACCACUGACGUUAAUCCAUUUUAUGAUUCCUUUGUAAGAUGGCAAUAUAUUAGAUUAAAAGAAAGGAAUAGAGUACUUUAUGGUAAAAGGUACACAAUAUUUUCUCCAAAAGAUAAUCAGCCUUGUAUGGAUCACGACCGCAGUACUGGUGAGGGUGUUGGUCCUCAAGAAUAUACACUGAUUAAAUUGAAGCUUCUUCAGCCAUUUCCAUCUAAACUUAGUAAAUAUUCAAAAUAUUGUGUGUAUUUGGUUGCCGCAACCCUUCGUCCCGAGACGAUGUACGGUCAGACGAACUGUUGGAUAAGACCCGAUAUGAAGUAUAUAGCUUUUGAAGUAGUCAAUAAUAAAGAAAUUUUCAUAUGUACAAGAAGAGCAGCAAGAAAUAUGAGCUAUCAAGGUUUUACUAAAGAAAAUGGAAGAGUGAAUGUUGUUUUGGAAUUAGAAGGAAAAGACAUAUUAGGCGUUAAAUUGAAAGCCCCAUUGACUACUUAUGAUGUUGUAUAUACACUUCCAAUGAUGACAAUCAAAGAAGAUAAAGGUACUGGUAUAGUGACAAGCGUACCAUCAGAUUCUCCCGACGACUUUGCCGCUUUAAGAGAUCUGAAAAAUAAGCCCGAAUUUCGAAACAAAUUUGGAAUUACAGAUGAAAUGGUUCUUCCUUAUGAAGCAGUUCCUAUAAUAGAUGUUCCAGGAUUUGGUUGUCUGAGUGCAUUAACUGUUUGUGAACAGUUGAAAAUACAAAGUCAGAAUGACCGAGAAAAAUUAGCAGAAGCUAAAGAAAAAGUUUAUCUUAAAGGAUUUUAUGAAGGAGUUCUUAUAGUAGGACCUCAUAAAGGCAAAAAGAUACAAGAAGUUAAAAAGCAAAUACAAAAAAGUUUAAUUGAUAAGAACGAAGCUAUUCUUUAUAUGGAACCAGAGAAACAAGUAAUAUCCCGUUCUGGAGACGAAUGUGUUGUGGCAUUAUGUGAUCAGUGGUUCCUAAAUUAUGGCGAGCCAGACUGGAAAGCUCAAGCUAAGACGGCCUUAAAUAAGAUGGAUACUUACUCAGAUGAAGUUCAUAAAAAUUUCCUAGCAACCUUACAUUGGCUUCACGAACAUGCGUGCUCUCGCACGUAUGGUCUUGGUACCAGAAUGCCAUGGGACGAACAGUGGCUGAUAGAAUCUCUUUCGGACUCAACGAUCUACAUGGCCUAUUAUACUGUUGCACAUUUACUACAGGAUGGAGCCAUUAAUGGUGACAAAAUUGGCCCACUAGGAAUCAGGGCAGAACAACUUGUACCAGAAGUUUGGGACUAUAUAUUUUUUAAGAAUGCCCCAUACCCCUCCACAGACAUUUCUAAAGAAAGUCUUGAUAAAUUAAGGAGAGAAUUUCGGUACUGGUAUCCACUCAAUUUACGUUGUUCAGGGAAGGAUCUCAUUCCGAACCAUCUCACUUAUUUCCUGUAUUCUCAUUGUGCCAUGUGGCCAGAAGAACCCAACUUGUGGCCUUUGGGUAUAAGAGUGAAUGGUCAUCUGCUGUUAAAUUCUGAAAAAAUGUCAAAAUCUACAGGAAAUUUUCUUACCUUAUCGGAAGCUAUCGAAAAAUUCUCGGCUGAUGGGAUGCGACUGGCUUUGGCUGAUUCGGGUGACGGAAUCGAAGAUGCAAAUUUUGUAGAAACCAUGGCCGAUGCAGGAAUUCUUCGUUUGUAUGCAUUUUUGGAAUGGGUUAAAGAAAUGAUUACUUCAAGAGAAUCUCUAAGGGUUGGACCCACUAACUCUUUCAAUGACAAAGUAUUUAUGAGUGAAAUGAACUAUCUCAUUCAACAAACUUCCCAGUUUUAUCAAAAAAUGCUUUUCAAAGAAGCUUUAAAGACUGGAUUUUUUGAAUAUCAAGCGGCGAGAGACAAAUACCGAGAGAUGACGGUAAACGAAGGCAUGCAUCGUUAUCUCGUAUUUUUAUUUAUCGAGACACAGGUUCUUAUAUUAUCUCCUAUAUGCCCACAUAUUUGUGAGCAUAUCUGGGGAUUAAUAGGAAAGAAUCAUAGUAUAUUAAAUGCAAGAUGGCCAAUGACUGGAGUUGUCGACGAAAUGUUAUUGAAAUCGUCGCAGUAUCUUAUGGAUUCGGCUCACGAAUUUCGACUUAGGCUCAAAGCGUACUAUCAAGUUGGCAGCAAGGGUAAAAAAGGUGGAGGAGAAAAUAAACUUCAGAAACCUACCCACGCAGUCAUAUGGGUUGCAAAGACAUUCCCACCUUGGCAGUCAUUGGUACUAACGACUUUACAGCAUUUAUAUAAUGAACAAGGAUGUUUUCCUGACAACAAAAUUAUAGCAUCUAAAUUAAAGGAAGUUGAAGAAUUAAAAAAAUAUAUGAAAAAAGUGAUGCCUUUUGUCCAGACUACAAAGGUAAAUUUUGUCUUAUAUAUACUUUUUAAACACUAUAUCAAAUGUUGCACACAGCACACAUUAUUUUUACAUAUAAAUUAAUUUAUUCAUUAAUAUUACAAAAAUAUGUCACCCAGUUUCAACACAUUUAUAGUUGGUGCAACCAGAGUUGGCCAAUGGGUUUAUUUAUCUUAUUGUGCUAUAGAGGAGAUUAAGAAAAAAAAAAAUAGGCAUAUUGUCUUAUCAAUUUAUUAGUCAAGAAUGUUGAUUUAAUUAACUAAAUUAACCACACGAACCUCGACCCCAUUUUUAGACAAAGUGAAGCCCAAGGGUCAUAUACAUGUAUUCAUAAACCAUUCUUUCACCUCUUAAAGAUGCAAAAAUGAAUCAACCCAAUGGCCAAUUCUAGUUGCACCAGUGAUGUGUUGUCCAUGGAAACUGUGGAAGCACCACUUCUCUUGUAUUUUCUAAAAUAUAAAUACAUACUGUGCAAUUAUUUUCAUAUUUUAACAUACUUUGAAUUAAAUAAAAUUAAUAUUUUAUUAUAACCGCAUUAUGUAUCUUAUCAUUUUUUUCACAUGUAGUAUAGAAAUAAGAUUGCUAUUGCAUAUUCAAAUAUAAAUUUGUAUAUGCAUAUUCCCAAUGGAAGUGCUGUACUGUCGAAUAUGGAACAGCUUCCAUGGCAAAAAUAUUUGAAUCGUGUAAAGCAGCCAGAUUACAGGCAUUCGCGCAUUCUCUUUACAGAGCACCAACCUCAUGCAAUUUAGCUUGUGGAUGUUACAUGCCAAAAUAUCAUAUAAUGCUUUCAAUGAUUCUAUCCUGAGCCGCACAGCUUCCCUAUCAUCAAAUGUCCCCGCACACUAAUGAGCUGCACCUACUAUAAUUAAAAAAUUAUUUGUAAUUUUAUUUAGAAUUUUGAUUAAAGGUAAAAUGCUUUUCAUAAUAAAUUAGGUAUUCAAAUCAAGUGUUCGAACAUUAGUUACAAGUUAAAAUUUUAACUCUUGUCUCAUGCCUGCAAAGUAAAUGCUAUCUUCAGUAAAGUCCACUUAUUUCAGUAUUCCUAAAUAUUUACUUUCUAUGGAUUAUGUGGAAAGUGAUUUAUAUAUGAUAAAGCAAAACAGUAGGGCUGUGUUUCUUUAUGCAGCGAGAGUGCAGCGUAAAUGAUGCAGCAAUGUGUAGCGAUAGCUUCUCGUGACAUCAUAGUUUAGAAACGCUUUCCGCUUGAGCGAAACACAGAUGUCAUAAUCUAUCCUUUAUUUAAAUAUUGUAGUUCUUUAACUAAAGCAUUAUUUUCAGCUGUAACUGGAAUUAAAGAGAUAUAAAGAAUCGAGCAUUUAUCUUUCCAUAAAUGUGAACAAAGUAAAGAGAUAAAAGAUAUAUAAUUAUAUUUAAAAUAUAGUAUUUUCUUAUUCUUUAGAUAAUUUUCAGAGUCAUUUCAUA